AUGCACAAACUAAGCAAGGUCUUCAACGUUUCUUGCAAUCAUAUUGCUAAACAGCAAGCCAUUCGUCAAUCUUGCUAUAAAAAAACAAAUAUUAUUUCAUUGUUGGAAAAGGAAGGACGAAAGCAAGGAUUCCAUUGCACUGUUUUUAAUUCAAGACUUAGAAAAUAUAGUGAAUCGGGUGAAACACCAACAAUUGGUAUUCGUAGAGAAGAUAAAAAUGUUUGGGAACGUAGAGUACCUCUCACACCAUCCCAAUGUGAAGAAUUGAUCAAGGAACAUGGUAUUCGUAUUGUAAUUCAACCAUCAACAACUCGUGCUUUUGGUGAUGAAGAAUAUAGAGAAGCUGGCUGUGAGAUUAAUGAAGAUUUGAGUAUUGCCCAAACAAUCUUGGCAGUUAAAGAAGUUCCAGCCCAAUUAUUAAUUCCGAACAAGACUUACAUGUUCUUCUCUCACACAAUUAAAGGACAAUGGUAUAACAUGAAUAUGUUGGACACUAUUUUAGAAAAGAAAAUUAGAUUGAUCGAUUAUGAACGUAUUGUGAAGGAAGUUGAAAUUCCAGGAACUGAAAAAACAGUAGAAGAAAGAUUGGUAAGAUUUGGUCCUUUUGCUGGUAAUGCUGGUGUUAUUGAUACACUUCAUAUUCUCGGAGAAAGAUUAUUGACUCAAUAUGGAUAUACAAGUCCUUUCCUCAGCAUUUCAUAUGCUAGAAAUUACAUUAGUCUUGAAAUUUGUAAACAUGCCUUGAAUGAAAUUGGCAGAAAGAUUAGUCAAUAUGGUAUCAACAAGGAUUUAUUCCCAAUGACCUUUGUUAUGACUGGUAAAGGUGGUUCUGUUUGUCAUGGUAUGAAGGAAAUGAUUCAACAAUUGCAACCUCCAGAAUUAACACACAAAACAGUUGAAUUUUUGAGAACACCACAAGAAUUGAGAGCUUUGUGGGAAAAGAAAGCUAGAGGUGAAGUAACCAAGGAAGAUUGUAGAAAGAUUUAUAUUUUAAUUUGUGGUCCUGAAUAUAUGGUUAAACACAAGUCACAAACUCAACCAUUUGACAAGUAUGAUUACUAUGCUAAUCCACAAGAUUACGAACCAAUUUUCCACGAAACAAUUAUUCCAUACACUAAAGUUUUGUUAAACGGCAUGUAUUGGGAUGCCAGAUAUCCAAGAUUAAUCACUAACAAGCAAGCUAAACAAUUAAUUGAUCAAAAUAGAUUCCCACUCAUUUGUGUUGGUGAUGUUUCUUGUGAUCCUGGUGGUUCUGUUGAAUUCUUGACUAAGACUACUACAAUUUCCUCUCCUGUCUAUGUAAAUAAUAUCAAGGAAGACAAGAUUCUUGACGAUACUGUAAUUGGUGAAGGUGUUGCAAUGCUUGCUGUUGACCACUUGCCAGCUGAAUUCCCAAGAUCUUCCAGUAGUUUGUUUGGUUCUCACCUUUUCCCAUUCAUUCCAGAUCUUGCUAGAUCAUUUGUUACUAUGAGUUCUCCAUUAGAAACUCAAAUGAAAUAUUUGCCAACUGAGCUCAGAAAGGCUGUAAUUACAUCAGGUGGUAAAUUGACACCAAACUUUGAAUAUAUUGACAAGAUUAGAGGUCCAAGAUCUAGCAGAGUUUUGAUUUUGGGAUCAGGAUAUGUUGUUCCUCCAAUUAUUGACUACUUGAUCGAUAAUCCAAGAGAUAUUGCCACCGUUACCGUUGCCUCUGAUAAGAUUUCUUCUGAAUUCAAGAGCAAGUAUUCUGAUUCUAAGAAAUCUGUUGAAUUUGUUAGUAAUCUCAAUGUUACUAAUGAUAGUCAAUUGCUUGCUGAUUUGAUUAGCAAAUGUGAUAUUGUACUUUCAUUGGUUCCAGCUCCACUCCAUCCAAUUGUUGCUCAACAAUGUUUAAAGUAUGAAAAACAUCUCGUCACUGCCAGUUAUAUUAGUCCAGAAAUGGAACAAUUGAACGAACAAGCUAAAGAAAAGGGUUUGCUCUUCAUUAAUGAAAUUGGUUUGGAUCCUGGUAUUGAUCACAUGUGUAUUAUGAAGACUCUCGAUCAAGUUGUUGGUCAAAGAGGUGGUAAGGUUGAAAGCUUCAAGAGCUUCUGUGGUGCUCUCCCAGCCCCUGAAUCAUCUGAUAAUCCUCUUGGUUACAAGUUCAGUUGGUCUCCAAUUGGUGUUUUGAGAGCUUCUCAAAAUCCAUGUUUAUUCAUGAAGGAUGGUGAAGUUGUCAAUGUUACUGAUGGUAACAAGCUCACUUUCCUCAAUGAAAAGGUUGACGUCAAGUUUAAGGGAUUCAAUUUUGAAGUUAUUCCAAACAGAGAUUCCCUCAAGUACAUUUCCAAGUACAAGUAUCUGAAUGAAAAGGACUUGAAGACCAUGAUGAGAGGAACCCUCAGAUUUGGUGGUUUCUGUGAAGUUUUCAGAUUACUCACUCUUUUAGGAUACCUCAAUCAAAGCACUGUCAUUCCAGCUGAUGCCAAGACUUAUCGUGAUAUUUUCUGUACUCAAUUGGGUGUUCCAGUUUCUACUGAUUUGAAGACCAUUUCUGCCAAGGUCACCAGUCUUUACAAUGAAAAGAUUGAUGCCAUGUUCUCUAACAUUACUGACAAGUACCAACAAGCUAUUUACAAUAGACUUAAGGCUAACGCUCAAACUGAUGUUUCUUUCGCUCUCAAGAGUGUAAAACAACUUGGUUUGCUUUCUACUGAUUCAUUUGGUGAAAAACCAAAGAGUGGAUUACUCCUUGAUUUGAUCUGUACUCACCUUGAAAAGGAACUUGCCCUCUCUGCUGAUGACAAGGAUCUCAACUUUAUGGUCCAUGAAUUUAUUGUAAACUAUGAAAAGGAAAAUGUUAAGGAAAAGAUUACCUCAACUGUUUGUGUUUAUGGUGACAAGAAGGAAGGAACUGCCACAAGUAGAACUGUUGGUUUACCUGUUGCUAUCACUGCUGUACUUGUUGCUAAGGAAUCAGCUGCCCUUAAAAAGUCAGUUGGUGGAGGUGGUGUCAUUGGUCCAACUUCAACACCACUUUUAUAUGAAGGAGUUUUGAGUAAGCUUGAACAACAAGGAAUUACUGUCGAAGAAACUGUUGAACCAUACGAAGAAAUGUAAUAAAUUAUUUAAUGAUUAAUUGGAUUAUU